ACAUAUAGAAAUGGAAGCGGAAUGCCUAUUGUUUUCGGAAGAAAAACAUGUCCGGAGGAAGUGAGAAAGAAAAUCAUAGUUGCCUCUCUCUUGUGAGUGACUGCUCGAAAGUGCGCAUGCGCGGUCUACAUUUGUUUGGCCGGUUUGGCUCACUGAAAAAUAAGGUUAUGUUAGUGACAUAUGUUGAAACACGGUUAUUUCUUAGAUAUUUUCUAAAACGUGUUGAUCCGCGAACGUACGCCAAAAUUCAAGCAAGAUGAUAUAUUGUAUUUUAUGCGGUAGAAAGGACAAAUCGGUUUCCUAUAUACGAUUUCCAUCAAAUAAGCACAUCAGAAAGCAGUGGUUGAAAUUCUGUAACAAGACCGAGAACAAUUUGUAUGACUCACACAGAUUGUGUUGUGUACAGAUCACUUCAAACCCGAGGAUCUGAGGAAGCGUUCAAGGUGUAUCGUUGUGCAACCAGAAGCUGUGCCUUGUAUAUAUAUGGUUGGUGGAGGCACCUCACCUUCCACCUUCGUUGGAAAUGCCAGUAAGACUGAUGAUGGCAAUAUCUGUUCCACUGGAAUCACGAACAGUGAUUCUUCGAAUGACAACAUUAACGUUGUGAAUUAUUCACAGUCCACAACAGCAGUAACAGAGAAUAUUACACACACUCCUUCCAAUCGAAUCACAAGCUCUUGUGGUACACGCAAGAAAUCUCAGGAUUUUGCUAAAGAGGAUAUGAGUAGUAUGGAUGUCAAUGUGGAUGUCGAUCCUGCUCAUUGUACUGAAAUAGGCAAUUGUGAAAUUUUUCUGAACAACUGCCUAACUCCCUUGAAACGGCGGAAAGAUGCUCAUUGCAGCAGCAAGAAAAAACGCUUAGAUUUUAAUGAUAGUAUUGAUUCAACGAUUGCUAUUCAUGAAUUACCAGUCCCUGCCAUUACAUCAGCCAUUUGUGAUUCUGCUCCACCGAUGAUACCAGAUCCACGUUAUGUUGGUGAUAUCCGGUCACCUCAUCUGGCAACACCAAGACGAGCUAUGAGAGCCAUGAAUUUAGCGCGACGUACCAUUAUGCACCAGUAG